CUUUGAAUUCAAUGUCAUGAUUCGUGCAACUACGUCUGCGCUUGUCUCAACUUCAUGGCUUUCUGCUCAAUUAAAAGACGGUUUAAAGAACCUCAGAAUAUUGGACGCAUCAUGGCAUAUGAAGCAGACUGGCCGCAAUGCUAGAGAAGAAUACCUGCAAAAGAGAAUUCCAACAGCUGGUUUCUUUGACAUUGAUGCUGUUGCUGAUAAGGAUGUUGAUCUUCCACACAUGCUGCCAGACACUCAUACGUUUGCAAGAGAAAUUGGAAAACUAGGAGUGUUGAACAAUCAUCACGUGGUUGUAUACGACAACAACGAAGCUGCCGGAAUAUUUUCCGCCACAAGACUUUGGUGGACUCUUAGAGUGUUUGGUCACGAUCAAGUGUCUGUACUAGAUGGCGGUUUACCUAAAUGGCAGAGGGAAGGUUUGCUGGUUGAGACGGGCCCACCGCUUGCAGUCAAAGAGCAAUUGUUUAUUGCUUCUUUUCGAUCUCAACUGGUCUGUGGUUUUGCUGAUAUUCAGAAAAAUAUUGACAAUCAGAAGAAUCAGGUUGUAGAUGCAAGGUCUCCUGGCAGAUUUGAAGGCACUGAACCCGAACCAAGAGCAGACAUUCCAAGUGGACACAUUCCAAAUUCUAUCAAUAUUCAUUAUCAGGAUUGCGUGGACAGCAGCAAGAAAGUAAUGAAGACACCUGAACAACUACAAAACAUGUUUCGAUCUUCCGGUAUUGAUCUGUCUCACCCGUUUAUUGCAACUUGUGGAUCAGGCAUAACAGCUUCGUUACUCGCAUUUGCAGCAUACACAUGUGGUCAACAACAUGUUGCUGUUUAUGACGGAUCGUGGACAGAGUGGGCACAACGAUCAAGCAAGAGAACGCACAACAGUUUGAAAGACUGAAUUUAUGCAAAUGAGAUUGUGUCAGUAUGCCGUUCAUUGAUAUCGUUGAAACACAAUUUACAUUAAUAUCAAUUAGUAGUAUCAAUAAUUUUUAUGUAUUUAAUAAAUGAUAUGCAAU